GAAGAGAGCUAGUAUGUGAAAAGAGGACAUCAGAUUAUAUGAAAUUCAGUGUACGUGAGAAACAGCGACGACCUCUUGGUCGUGAGAGGUAAAUUCAACAAGGAAGCGCGCCUGAGCUUUUUGUGAAAUCACGCGACCCUCGUGAGCGAUUACCAUCGACAUCCAAUUUCCAUAAAGCCGCUCUGAUUGCUCGGCGUAUGUCCACGUCGCCGACAUGUUGGAUAUGGAAAAGUGGAGCAUUGAGAAAAGCUUUCAAGGGAUCCUUAUGUGGAAAAAUAUAGAAAAAUCCAUAUCGGCAGCCCUACUUUUUCGAGCAAGCUGUUGCCAUUCAGCGGUGCUGUGGAAUGCCUCUUCGAGAUGGGCUUUGAAGAGUCUGACACACACUUGGUGUUCUCAAAGUCAGCAUCGUUGGAGCAACUGAAGGUUAUCAGGGAGUCCAUAGCUGCUCAAAGAGACCAGAGACUCGAUGCCGGGCAGCAAGUUCACCUUUUGGCUGAGGCUCCUGCAGAAAGCCCGCCUUCUUCAAACCAAGCAGUCUCAUCACUUCCUGUACAACCGUCAUCACAGGUGGGCAGCAAGAACUUCUCUGGGACUCUUCAGUCUAACUUCCAACAUGUGCUGCUAUAUGAGAACCCAGAACUUCAGCAGAAAGCCAGAAGUUGUAUUCCUCACAAGCAGCUUUUGUAUGCAGCUAAGCAAAAGCUGAAGUUAGCUCAACAGGCUGAGACAGAAUGUAAACUAGGAGAAGAGGACUUCCUUGUGCUGGAGUUGCUUAGGUGGUUCAAACAUGACUUCUUUUCCUGGGUCGACUGUUUGCCCUGUAACAACUGUGGAGGCUCAACUCAGAACAGUGGUUCACUCACUCCUACUAUUGAUGAUCUUCGCUGGGGAGCCCAGCGAGUGGAGAACCACUACUGCCAAGGCUGCCAGUUAUGCACCAGAUUCCCUCGAUACAACAAUCCAGAGCAGCUUCUCAAAACCAGGAGGGGACGCUGUGGGGAGUGGGCCAACUGUUUUACACUGUGUUGCAGAGCUCUCUGCCUUGAAGCCCGGUACAUCUGGGACAGCACAGAUCAUGUGUGGACAGAGGUUUACUCUGUGUCUCAGCGCCGUUGGCUACACUGUGACCCAUGUGAAAACAUCUGUGAUAAACCUUUACUCUAUGAGGUUGGCUGGGGGAAGAAACUCUCCUAUAUUCUGGCUUUCUCACGGGAUCAGGUGGUUGAUGUAACGUGGAGGUAUUCUUGCAAACAUCCAGAGGUUUUGUCAAGAAGGACCAAUGUUCAGGAGACCUGGCUGCUGCACACUAUUAUUGGGCUCAAUGCUUUGAGACAGCAAUCCCUCGGCGUCGACAGGAAAUUAGAAUUGGCAGAACGGUUACUUGUUGAACUUGUAGAGUUCAUUUCCCCCAAAAUACCAAAACAAGGCGAACUGGGAGGACGCACCUCUGGGUCUCUGGGCUGGAGGCAAGCAAGAGGAGAGACAGGAGAUGCCGAUUCAGAGACUAUUAAGCAGGGCACUGGCUAUGUUUUCACACCCACUGAGAAAGAGAGGAGAGACAAGCUAAUUCAUGUGUUGUACAAUAAUACUAAAGACCAAUACUGUCGGAUCUCCAAUGACUUUGAGAUCAUCCACUGCUGGGAUCGAUGUGCGUGGAAUAGGGAGUCUGUCUUUAGGAAGGUGGAAAACGACUGGCAGAUGGUAUAUAUUGCUCGAAUUGAAGGCUCCUCUGUAGGACAAAUCAGCUGGAAAUUUGACUUUGGGCCAGCGAAAUUAAGUGUCAAGUCUGUCUCAAUCAGGACCAGCAGCCAAACUUUCAGUUUGGGGGAGGUCAGCUGGCUCUUGCAAUCAGGCAUGAUUAUAACUGAGUUUUCUGGAGAUGGAAGCAUGCAGUCCUUCCAGUGUCUUAAUAGUUCAUCGGAGUUUACUGUCACUGCGCAGCUCAGGGGUGGGGAAGGGAAUGCAUCAUGGCAGCACGCUCAGCUUUUCAGGCAGAGUCUGAGAGAUACAGAAGAGUCUCCAUUUGAAAUUAUCAUUCACCUAGAAAACACAUGAAGAUCAGAAUUUUACCUUAUUCGUUGCUGUUGAGCAGUGUAUUUGUUUUUCCGAAUAAUUUUGUUAUUUUAAAGUCCUUUUUUGUGGAGCUGAAUUCUGUCACAGUCAAUACUGAUAAGGUAAAUUUUGCAGGGGGGUGGGGGGGGGGGGGGAGACAAUACAUAAUGUCGACUAAUUUACCUCAUUGCAUUUAAGUCAGAGAUACCUUUACUAUGGUGUCAGUCAUGAUAACAUUGGCAUGUAACCCAGCAAACCUCUAGUUCAGCGGUGAAAGUUACCCCGGUCUUCAGAUAUUGUAAUAAAUGUUGAAUAAAUAUGAUGAGAAAAUGG